GUGGUUUUACAUACGCUCCCCCAUGCUCUAAUAAGAAAAGGGUGCAUUUGUCUUUUUGAUUCUCCUUAAGAGCACAUUCUCUUGCCCUUCCUUACUUACUCUGUUUCUCUCCCUCUGUUCCUUGUCUCUCCGCCGGUGUAUCACCGGUGACGCGGAUGCUCGCCGCCGGCUUGUCAAGCUCCUCCGACCAUCGUUGCCGUCUCAGCCCCUUUCCUCCGCCAGAAUCCUCCUUGAACCUCCGGCAGCUUCUGGGUACCGGAAAAUUGGACCUCUGCUAGCUUCUGGGUUUUGCUACUAGCGAUAUAGAGCUAUAAGAAGUGAAACUGUUCAAUGGGUCCUCGUCAAUGUCAAGUUUGUAACGAUGCAGUAUCUAAAUAUAAGUGUCCUUCGUGUCUUGCCCCUUAUUGUUCUCUUACCUGUUUUAAGAAACACAAGGAAAUACCAUGUUCUAAGCCACUGUCUUCUGAGCCUAAGUUAGCUACUGGUUCAGAAUCACUUAUAGGGAGGCCACUGAGUGUUCACAAACCAAGUGAAGUACUGCAGAGAUCACAACUAGAGGCUAUAGAAGCUUGUGUUUUUGCAGCUACUUCCAGUGAAAUUCGCAACGCAUUGAAAGAUGAAAACCUUCAGAAACUGAUAUCUAAGAUUGAUUGCUCUCCAGAUGCAGAGAAUGAACUUGAUAAAGCUAUGGAUUCAGAGUCAUUUCGUAUACUUACUGACAAGAUUCUCUCUACCAUAAGCCCAUAACUACUGGCAAGCGUAGCUAGAAGACUAUAAUUGUUGCUGGAAAUUAAAGUUCUGCAAGAGAAGCAGUAUUUUUAGGAUUUGUAAUAUUUGCUUUUAUCUUUUCCUUUAUUUGGGUCAACAAAAUAAUCCUUCUCAAUGUCGCUUUCUUCGUGCAAGAUAUGUAAAUAUUAUGGUGCCAUCGUAGAUCAGGUCCUUUUUGUGUAAUUUUGGCUCAAUAUUUUUGAAUAUGGUGGCAAAGUGUAAGUUGAAGAAAUUUUUUAAAUAUAUAGAAUGUUAUAUCCUCUUUGUAGCA